UUUUCUCGAAUCGGGUUUUUACUAAUCGAAUUGAGUUCGGGUUCUGAUUACUUUUAAGAAAAUGCAAUCGUUUUAGGCUUUUUGAAGUUCAAGCAAAGCUGGGUGUUUUUCUUUUUCUGGGUUCAGAUCAUCGUUUAUUGUCGUUCGAGCUUUCGGGUUUUCUUUCGGGAUAUAAUUACGGGUUUUCGGAUAUAAAUGAUGUUAUUGUGGUAAUAAGAUACAUCACAUCAUACAUGGAUGAUGGUUAUGGCAUGAAAUGUAUGUAACAAUGUAAGGGAGGGAGGGAUAGACAGAUGGGUCUUCUUUUGUCUGUUAACUUGACGUGCCCUCAGGAAAAAUGUUUGUUUGAUAUGUGUGGGGGGAUUUUUGUAUUCUUGCUUUUGUUAUUUUUCUCUGCUAUGAUCCAAUUUAUUUGCUCUAAUUUAAUCUUCAUUGAACUCUAAUCCAAAUUGAUGCAGAGGACAAACAUUCCGUGUUAGCACCUUAAAUUUUUUAUUUUAGAUUAUGUCGUAUAAGAUAUGUCGUAUCAUUUAAUAGUUAAAUUAACGAGAAGGACAUGAUUAAUGAAGACCGAUAGUUUGAAUAUAUAAUUAGUAAUCGGAUCAGAACCAGUGGGAUUCAAGUCAUUGUUCUAUCUCUAUGUUUGUGUGUUUAUAUGUAUAUGUAGGUGUUAAGAUAUUACCAUGAUGAUAGCUUUGAUGUUAUCUUUGGUGAGCUGAAUGGAAGAAUUGGAGGACUCAUUAUAAUCUCCUAUGGAAACGUUUUGGAACCAAAUAUUUAAGAGUGCUUGUAAAAAUUUGCUCAGGUUUUUCUUGCUGGAAUGGUUUCUUACUUGUAUGGACUUUAACAAGUUAUCAACUCGAUCAAGGUGGAAAGGUUUUACCAAGGGGUACUAAAUUCUUUGUGAUUAUGGAGAGGGUUUAUGAAUCAUCUAAUGGAAAUGGGCCGACUAGUAAUGAUCACAUGGUUAUGAGGCACUCUCCUAAGUCUCCUUACCAAUCAUUCUCUAAGAGAUCAUUACGAUGGCUAGAUUUAAGAGUUUUCUAUGUCAGAGUAAGCAAGUGUGAGACUGAUGAAUCAACUCCUAUGCACCUUACUCUAAACCAUGUUCCUUUGAAUCCUGAUACACUUCUUGAAGUAAAUGGUGUUAGAACUGGCAUCUAUUCUGAUGGCCCAUCAACCCUUCUUAGAAGGGAUAGGCUAGACAAAAAAUCGGAAGAAGCCACUUUUGUGAGCACGGAUAGCAUAAGGCUGACAGGAAGCAUGAAGUUCGAGGUUUUUAAUAAGGAUACUCUUCUUCUAUAUGGGGUUUUAGAGUUGUGUGAUAGAAAUGGUUGCACCAAAGAGUCGAAAGGAAGUGGCCCGAUGUGGAGCAUGAACUGUGAAUCAGUUAUAACUACAGGCACUGGUUUUCUCAAGACCAAACAAUUUCACAGUCCAAGUUCAACUUCACCCACAGUUGAGGUCUAUGUUGCAGGGUCAUUUUUAGGCAAUCCAAUUAUAUUAACUAGAACUUUACAGCCUAGUUUACGGAAGAAACAAAUGAAAGGGAUACUAGAUUCGAUACCGGAGCACGAUGCAACUGAAGAUCAGAAAGAAGCCACCCCUUUUCAGAUGCUGGAUUACUUGAAUCACAAGUCAGAAAGUGAAGAACACAGGUAUCUGUAUUCAGGGGUGGACUAUUUUGAGGGGGAAGAUGGGGAGCUGUCAUGGUUCAAUGCCGGUGUGAGGGUAGGUGUCGGAAUCGGUCUAAGCAUCUGUGUGGGAAUCGGAUUAGGAGUAGGUUUGCUGGUUCGUACCUACCAAGGCACCACCCAUAACUUUCGAAGACGACUACUGUAAUAAACAUUUUCACUUUGCGAAAUAAGUCCUCCAUAUUUCCCAUGGGCUAACUUAGAUGGUGUUUCUAACAUGUCUUCAUUAUGUGGAUUAGGAGCUCAUAAUUUAUGAUUAAAAAAAGGCCAUGAAAUAAAUUGGAUGUAUAUCAAUGACAAUGUAGUAAUCAAAUUAUUUUAUGUUAUAGGUUAUUUGUACCAUCA